GCUGGGCCGCCAGGGCCCACCCAUCGCCGUCGCCACCCUCUCCUGCCACACCCCGGCCCCGCCGGCCACCGCAGAUGGGCCAACCGCGGCGGCGCGGCUACCCGCACGGCCACCACCACCGCUGUCCGCGCCGCAUUGCGCUGCCGGCGGCCGCGCUAGCCCUGCUCUUCCUCGCCGUCUCGCUCCUCUCCGUCUCACUCCUCUCCGCGCCGCCGCUCGCCGACCCGCGCACCGGCCUCGCCACCUCCUCCCGCCGGUUCCUCCGCCGCGACCCGACGAACGGCUCCGGCGGCGAACUGGUGGGUACCGAGAGCGGCGAGGCGUUCAGUGUUCCGACACAUGGAUGGAUUGGGCAGGAUGAUCUUUGGCAUUCAAAGCUUGCUAGCAACUUCUAUGGAUGCUGCAACUCUAGCAGUAAAUAUCUUGAUUCCAGUAUUACCACACAGCCAGAGCGAUACUUAAUUGUUGUUACAAGUGGAGGUCUCAAUCAGCAGAGAACAGGGAUAGUUGACGCUGUCGUGGCUGCGCGUAUUCUGAACGCUACACUUGUUGUUCCCAAACUGGAUCAAACAUCUUUCUGGAAAGAUUCAAGCAAUUUUUCAGAAAUCUUUGAUAUCGACUGGUUCAUCUCAUUCCUUGCAAAGGAUAUCAAAAUUAUCAAAGAGCCUCCAGUAAAAGGAGGUAAAGCCAUGAAGCCCUAUAAAAUGCGUGUCCCCCGAAAAUGUACUCCACGGUGUUACUUGAACCGCAUCUUACCGGCACUUCUGAAGAAACAUGUUAUUCGAAUGACUAAAUAUGAUUAUAGGCUCUCAAAUAAGUUGGACACUGACCUGCAAAAACUGCGUUGCAGAGUCAAUUAUCAUGCUUUGAGAUUUACUGACCCGAUACAAGAAUUAGGUGAAAAGCUAAUACAACAAAUGCGGGAAAAGAGCAGAUAUUUUAUUGCUCUUCAUCUGAGAUUUGAACCUGAUAUGCUUGCCUUUUCUGGGUGCUAUUAUGGCGGUGGAGAAAAGGAGAGGAGAGAAUUAGCUGCAAUUCGCAGACGAUGGAGAACCUUGCAUAUACGUGACCCAGAGAAAGGAAGAAGGCAAGGUAGAUGUCCACUAACUCCUGAGGAGGUAGGUCUGAUGUUGAGGGCAUUAGGCUACAGAAGUGAUGUCCCCAUUUAUGUUGCUUCUGGUGAGAUAUAUGGAGGGGAAGAUACUUUAGCACCCCUCAAAGCGCUCUUUCCCAAUUUCCAUACAAAAGAAACACUGUCAGGCGAAGAGGAGCUUGCUCCAUUCUUGAAGUUCUCAUCUCGCAUGGCUGCAAUCGAUUUCAUUGUCUGUGAUGAAAGUGAUGCUUUUGUGGCUAACAACAUUGGUAAUAUGGCCAAAAUUCUUGCUGGGCGAAGGAGAUAUUUUGGCCACAAGAGAACAAUCCGACCAAAUGCUAAACAGCUCUAUCCCUUAUUUAUGAAGAGGGGGAAUAUGUCAUGGGAUGCAUUCUCCUCCCAGAUGCGAAUAAUCCAGAAAGGAUAUAUGGGCGAUCCCAUGGAAAUCACACCAGGAAGAGGUGAAUUUCAUGUGAACCCAGCCGCCUGUAUAUGUGAAAAGAUCGGCGGAUACUCAGUAGCAAAGUCCAUUUCUAGAAGCAACCAGGAACCUGUAAAUGACACUGGAAUAAGGAAAGCCGUUGUGGGACCACCAUAUCCUGUUUAUACUGAUGAAGAAGCAGAUGGAUCUGAUACAGAAGAUGACCAGGAUACCACCGCAAGAGGAGAGAUGAUUGAUGCUGAACCCGAUGAUGACUCUGUUGUCAGACAAGAGGAUCCUGAGCUAGAGGAGAUCCUGUCAGAUUAGUUCAGUUGCGCGGCUAUUUGUUCCGGUUAGGUUAUGCAAAACUGACUUUGCAUACAUGUGAUGUAUGUGGCAGCAACUUGAUGGUCUGGACAUCUCCUUACUUGCUAGAUCUGCAGCUGCUGGUGUACAUAGAUUUUGUGGUGUGCAGCUGUACAUCCUCUUCCCCCUAGCAGCCUAGCUGAACGAGGGCAUGACCAUGUUUGUCAUCUGCGUCAUUGUGGCGUUCAGAUUUUUCCUCUCCUUUUUUUUUUAAAAAAAACAUCGCCGCCUGUGCUCAUCGCUCAUGGAAAUGUAUAUAUUACUGCUUCAUUUUCAUAACCUCUUUGC